AUGAAGAAUGUAUUGAUGAAAUGUGUGUAUGACACGCAAAUUGUUAAAGAGUUUGAGAAAUUUUGGGAUCAGUUAAUCACCACUUACAACUUACAUGAGAAUGUCUGGCUGAAAAGUUUAUACACUAAGCGUGAGUAUUGGGUGCCGGCAUUCUUGAAGGAUUGUUUUUGGGCUAAGAUGAGUAUAACGCAGUGCAGCGAGAGCAUGAAUUCUUUUUUCGAUGGUUAUGUUCAUGCUAAAAUAAACUUGAAAGACUUUGUUGAUCAAUUUGAUAGUGCGUUGAAAAACAAAAUUGAGAGUGAAAAUAAUGCGGACUUCCACUCAUUUAGCAUUACCAUUUCUUGCAUAUCUAAAUCUCCUAUCGAAAAGAGAUUUCAAGAGUUGUACACAAAUACUAAAUUUAGGGAAGUUCAGAUGCAACUUACCGACAUUAUCGAUUUGGAUCCAGAGUUACUUAAGAGGGAUGGUGCAGUAAAGACCUAUCUAGUAGAGAACGAAGUUCGUGUGGAAAAGUUCACUAAGUUGGUUACGUUUUCUGUGGACUUUAGUGAGGAAGAUGUAGAUGCUAAGUGUUCAUGUGGUUUAUUUCAGUUGAGGGGUAUAUUGUGUAGGCACAUUUUCGCUGUAUUUAAAUAUAACGGGAUAAAAUCCCUGCUAGAGAAGUACAUUUUAGAUCGAUAG